CUGUACCACAAUGACUGGAAGACAGGCUGCUUUGAUUCUCCUCAGUACACUGUCUCUGAUUCAAACCGCAGAGGUUGCUGAGCACAUCUCUGUGACUGUGGCUGAACCUGGUGGCAGUUUGACUCUGACAUGUCUGUUUCAUGGAAAUGAAGCCGGGUUAUUUUACUGGUACAAGCUGAAGUUUGGAUAUAUGGUCGAAACAGUUGCAGCAGGAACGUUUAAGACAAUACAACUUCAAGGACAAUUUAACAACUCACGAUUCAUAGUGACUAAAUUGGAUGCUCAGUAUGUUCUUAAUAUCACAAAUGUGAGCAAAGAUGACGAGGCAACAUACUUCUGUCAAGCAGGAUCCGCAUACAUCAUGAAAUUUGUUAAUAGCACACUUCUAAUUGUGAACGGUAAAGUAUGUUCAUUCAGUGUCUUUGUUUACUGCUUUGUUAAAAACAAACAACCAUUUGUAAACUGCCUCUUUGUGAAUCACACAGAUCGUAAACAGCAGAAAUCUUUCUAUGUGGAACAAAGUCCAGAGACUGAGUCGGUCCAGCUGGGCGACUCUGUGAAUCUCCAGUGUUCACUUCUCUCCAAGAACAAAGAAAAUGAAGAUCAGUGUCCAGGUGAACACAGUGUGUACUGGUUCAGAUCUGGAUCAGCAAAAACUCAUCCAAGCAUCAUUUACACUCACAGCAAGGAACGAGAGGAAAGAAGCUGUUUCUACAGUCUGUCCAAAACGAUACAGAGCUCCUCUGAUACUGGGACUUACUACUGUGCUGUGGUCACCUGUGGAGAGAUCCUGUUUGGUGAAGGAACUAAAGUGGAAACAAGACAGGACCUGUACCAGUACCUCAUUGUCCUUGGGCUGCUGCUGGGCUGCUGUGUAAUUGCUAAUGUGGCUCUAAUUAUCUCCAGAACUCAAACGUCAGUUUGUAAACUUUGCAAAGGAGGAGCUUCCAGGCAUGACGGAUCAGUUGACGAUCAACCAAGUAAUGUGGAUGGUGAAGCAGAGGCACUAAACUAUGUAGCCCUGGAUUUCCCCUCAAGAAAUGCCAAAAGAUGGACGAAUAACAGGGAGUUACCACAGGACUGUCUGUACUCUGACACCAGAGACUAUCAGUGAAGAGCUGCCGCCACAAAGAAAGAACUCUUAAUAUGUUUAUCUACAUAACUUUCAGGUAUUUAAUUCCUGUUUAGGUGAACAAGAUGAGAGAUAUUUUCUGUAAUGUUAUUGUUAAUAGCACAAUCAGAGACAGCUCUUGUGUUUUCUGAUGUUAAUCUUUUUUUCAACCAAGAAUAUAUUUAUUGUUAUUUUCAUUAUUUUAUUUGUUUUAUUAUUAUUGCUUGUGAUAUAUAGCUUGAAUAAUCACUAGAAAUCUGAGUGAAAUUAAAUGGAAACAAAACGUUUGUCAUUAAAGAAAACAUACAUCUUCGUUCCUUA